AUGACAGCAACUUACCCGCCCAAGCCAAUUCUCGUGUGGCUCACUCCGCCUGGUCCCAACCCAUGGAAGGCCGUCUUUCUCCUAGAGGAGCUCGGGCUCAAUUACGAAAUCAAGUCAUUCCGCUUUGACGAUGUUAAGAAGAAGCCUUUCACGGACAUUAACCCCAAUGGCCGGGUGCCCGCAAUCGAGGACCCGAACACGGGCCUGACGCUCUGGGAGUCGGGUGCCAUCUAUCAGUACCUGAUCGAGCAGUACGAUGCCCCCGCCCACCACGUUUCGUACAGCACGCUGCAGGAACGUCACCUCUGCAAUCAAUGGCUGCAUUUCCAGAUGAGCGGCCAAGGCCCAUAUUUCGGCCAGUUGAGCUGGUUCACACAUCUGCACCCGGAGAAGAUACCGUCCGCCAGGGACCGCUACGCCAACGAGACCAAGCGAAUACUCGGUGUCAUGGAGGGUGUGUUGGCCGCCAAGCCUGCUGAUGCACAGUGGCUGGUUGGACACAAGAUGACGUUCGCUGAUAUGGCUUUCGUCUCCUGGAACUUCCUCCUCAGCGACAUCCUCCUGCAGCCCUGGGAUGAGGUCUGGGAGGAUGUGCCUCACGUUCGUGCGUGGCAUGAGCGUAUGGUUCAGCUGCGCUCGUGGAAGCAUUGUAUGGAGCGUCGUGCAGUCCUCAUGGACGAGCAGGGCUUGCAGUGGAAUGGUAUUCCGAAGGGCAUCGAGAAUUUCGCGGAGUAUGAGGCGCAGAUUGCAGCUGGCAAAGACACUGCUCAGAAGUAG